AUGGCUUACUCCAGAACACAAGUUGAAGGAGCAAACUAUACAUCAGACAUGACUGGUGUCAUGGGACAGGACAUAUUAUCUUGGGUGACUGAAACAACACAGAGAGUGGAACUUCCAUUAACCCAUUACCGUGGAAACAAAAUCUGGACGUCCAGUUCCUCAAGACAGUCAGCUGUUUGUCAAAAAAUAGACAACAAGCUGGAUGUCUUCAGGAGGGAGUUAGUGGAUGUUCAGGAUGUAUUUCUCUUCUGGAGCAUUGCUGAGAAGUGGUCCCAGGUUGAGUCAUUUGAGACCCAACCAGAUGACCUUCUGGUCUCCACCUACCCUAAAUCUGGAACAACCUGGAUCAGUGAAAUAUUGGACUUGAUCUAUAACAAUGAGGAUGUGGAGAAAUGUAAAUGGAAUGCAAUAUACAAACGAGUGCCAUUCAUGGAAUUGAUAAUUCCUGGAUUCACAAAUGGCGUUGAGGAGUUGAAAAACAUGUGGUCUCCUCGAUUAGUGAAAACACACCUACGUGUUCAACUUCUCUCUUGUUCAUUUUGGAAGAAUAACUGCAAGAUGGUCUAUGUGGCACGGAAUGCUAAAGAUGUGGCUGUGUCUUAUUAUUAUUUCUACCAGGGGGCAAAGAUGCACCCAGAGCCUGGCACCUGGGGGGAGUUCCUGGAGAAAUUCUCUACAGGGAAGGUGGCUUUUGGUUCCUGGUGUGACCAUGUGAAGGGCUGGUAGGAGAAGAGGAAAGAUUAUUGUAUCCUUUACCUAUUCUAUGAAGACAUGACAGAGGAUCUAAAGUGAGAAAUUCAGAAGUUGCUAAAGCUUUUAGGUAAAGACCUGCCAGAAGAAACUGUGGAUAAAAUUCUCUAUCAUAGCUUUUUCAAAGUGAUGAGGCAGAAUCCUAGUGCAAAUUAUACGACUGUACCGAAAUGUCACAUGGAUCAUUCUGUAUCUCCCUUCAUGAGAAAAGGUAUUUCAGGAGACUGGGAGAAUCAGUUCACUGUAGCCCAGUAUGAGAGAUUUGAAAAAGAUUAUGAAAAGAAAAUGAAAGGGUCCACACUGCAGUUUCGUUCAGAGAUCUAA